AUGAAGACCGAUUUCAAGUUCUCGAACCUCCUCGGUACGGUAUAUCGCAAAGGAAACCUUCUCUUUACGCCCGAUGGAAAUAGCUUGAUCUCGCCCGUGGGCAACAAGGUCACGAUAUUCGACCUGGUGAAUAACACUUCCUAUACUCUUCCCUUCGCGCAUCGAACGAAUAUCCAUCAGUUAGACCUCACUCCCCGAGGCAAUAUCCUUCUUUCGGUGGAUGAACAUGGUCGUGCUAUCUUGACGAACUUCCACCGCCGGAUUCAGAUCUACAACUUCUCGUUCAAGGGCCCCGUUUCUGCCCUCAAAUUCUCCCCGUCCGGUCGUCACUUCGCCGUCGGAGUGGGCCGCCGGCUGCAGAUAUGGCAUACCCCGGAAACCCCUACUGUUGGUGGCGAUGGGGAAAUCGAUUUUGCUCCUUUUGUCUUGCAUCGUGACCUUGCCGGCCAUUUCGACGAAGUUCAGCACAUUGAGUGGUCAAGUGACUCCCGCUUCCUUCUGACCGCUUCGAAAGACUUGACGGCGCGGGUAUGGAGUUUGGAUCCAGAGGACGGGUUCGAGCCCACGACUCUCGCCGGUCAUCGACAAGGCGUAAGAGCGGCGUUCUUCUCUGCCGACCAAGAAUGUAUUUACACGGUCAGCCGUGACUGCGCCCUUUUCCGAUGGGAGUAUGUCUCCAAAAAAGACCCAGACACGAUGGAAGAUGUAGCGGAACCACGCUGGAGGAUUGUCAAAAAAGAGUUCUUCCAGCAGCCUCAUGCCACAGUCAAAUGCGCCGCCUUCCAUGCGCCGUCAAGCCUGCUCGUCGUUGGCUUUUCGAACGGAUUGUUUGGCCUUUACGAGCUACCAGAGUUCAACACAAUUCAUAUUCUAAGUGUCUCGCAAAGUAAUAUUGAUGUGGUGUCUAUCAACAAAUCCGGCGAGUGGUUGGCGUUCGGAUCCUCAAAGUUUGGGCAAUUAUUGGUUUGGGAGUGGCAGUCCGAGUCAUACAUACUGAAACAACAAGGCCACUUAGAUUCGAUGAAUGCCCUUGUUUACUCGCCCGAUGGCCAAAGGAUCGUCACCGCUGCCGACGACGGCAAGAUCAAAGUCUGGGAUGUCAAGUCCGGAUUUUGUCUGGUUACAUUUACAGAACACACUAGUGGAGUGACGGCCUGCGAGUUCUCGAAGAAAGGGAACGUUCUGUUUACGUCAUCGCUGGAUGGGUCUAUAAGGGCCUGGGAUCUUAUUCGGUAUCGGAAUUUCCGCACCUUCACCGCGCCGUCGCGUCUUUCAUUUUCCUCCCUUGCUGUUGAUCCUAGCGGUGAAGUUGUUUGCGCCGGGUCUCCGGACUCGUUUGAUAUCCACGUAUGGUCCGUGCAGACCGGGCAACUCCUCGAUCAACUGUCUGGCCAUGAAGGGCCCGUCUCGGCCUUGGCAUUCGCCGCGGAUGGCAACCAUUUGGUUAGUGGAAGCUGGGAUCGUACCGUUCGUCUUUGGAGCAUCUUCGGGCGGACUCAAACCAGCGAGCCCUUGCAGCUCACUUCUGACGUUCUGAGUGUGGCGUUCCGACCAGAUGGAAAGCAGGUUGCAGCAUCUUCAUUAGAUGGACAAUUGACAUUCUGGUCGGUCGCUGAUGCCGUUCAACAGACCGGUAUUGAUGGGCGCCGUGAUAUCUCAGGUGGCCGCAAAGUCACAGAUCGUACGACGGCAGCCAAUGCCGCCGGCACGAAAUCCUUCCACUGCAUUACAUACAGCGCUGAUGGCAGCUGUAUCCUUGCAGCUGGUAACAGCAAAUACAUCUGCUUGUAUGACGUACUAACGGGCUCUCUGGUGAAGAAGUACACUGUCUCCGUGAACACUUCGCUGGAUGGUACUCAGGAGUUCUUAAACAGUAAAGACCUGACAGAGGCUGGUGCCCGAGGCCUCAUUGAUGAAACUGGAGAAGCGUCAGAUCAUGAGGAACGAAUUGACCGGUCUCUCCCAGGCGCCAAGCGUGGCGAUGCAGGUUCUCGAACCACUCGUCCUGAGGUACGUGUCAGCUGCGUUGAUUUCUCUUCGACUGGCCGCUCGUUCUGCGCAGCAUCCACAGAAGGUCUUCUCAUCUACAGCUUGGACACCGAAUUUGUCUUUGAUCCUUUUGACCUUGACAUCUCUAUCACUCCCGACACCAUCCUUGCUACCGUGGAGGGUGCUAAAAAAGCCGCUGCCUCUGGCGAUGCAAACAAUGAUGACACCUUCUUGAAGGCACUGGUUAUGGCGUUCCGGCUAAACGAGGCCAAGCUCAUCCGUGCUGUUCAUGAAGCUAUUCCUCCCUCAGACAUAACCCAUGUUGUUCGCUCCGUGCCAACUGUAUACCUUCCUCGUUUACUCCGAUAUGUUGCCCACGCUUGCGAUGAGACACCGCAUCUCGAAUUCAAUCUUCUCUGGAUCGAGGCUAUGUUCAGUAGCCAUGGCCGUUACUUCAAGGACAACGCAGGUACACUGGGCCCUGAGCUUCGUGCUGUCCAGCGCGCUCUUGAUGACAUCAACGAAAACAUCAAGCGUCUCUCUCAGAAAAACCUCCACAACCUCAAUUACCUUCUCGCCAAGCCUGUUCUGGCUGGACAAAAGGCGCCUGCCUUCCCUAAAGCCAUUGACACUGUCGGCGUGGCCGCCACCAAUGGCGACGCGACUAUGAGUGACGCCGGCGACGAUGCGGAGGGCGAAUGGCUCGGUCUGGAAUGA